CAGCGCGGGUCAUGGCGUGGAUACUGGACUGCCUUUUCGCCUCGGCCUUUGAGCCCCGCCCCCGCCGUGUGAGUGUCUUGGGAGGAGCCCCAGGACACAACCCCGACCGCAGGACGAAGAUGGUAUCGAUACACAGCCUCUCCGAGCUGGAGCGUCUGAAGCUGCAAGAGACUGCUUACCACGAACUCGUGGCCAGACAUUUCCUCUCCGAAUUCAAACCUGACAGAGCUCUGCCUAUUGACCGUCCGAACACCUUGGAUAAGUGGUUUCUGAUUUGGAGAGGACAGCAGAGGGCUGUAUCACACAAGACAUUUGGCAUUAGCCUGGAAGAGGUCCUGGUGAACGAGUUUACCCGCCGCAAGCAUCUUGAACUGACAGCCGCGAUGCAGGUUGAAGAAGCCACCGGUCAGGCUGCGGGCCGUCGUCGGGGAAACGUGGUGCGAAGGGUGUUUGGCCGCAUCCGGCGCUUUUUCAGUCGCAGGCGGAAUGAGCCCACCUUGCCCCGGGAGUUCACUCGCCGUGGGCGUCGAGGUGCAGUGUCUGUGGAUAGCCUGGCUGAGCUGGAAGACGGAGCCCUGCUGCUGCAGACCCUGCAGCUUUCAAAAAUUUCCUUUCCAAUUGGCCAACGACUUCUGGGAUCCAAAAGGAAGAUGAGUCUCAAUCCGAUUGCGAAACAAAUCCCCCAGGUUGUUGAGGCUUGCUGCCAAUUCAUUGAAAAACAUGGCUUAAGCGCAGUGGGGAUUUUUACCCUUGAAUACUCCGUGCAGCGAGUGCGUCAGCUCCGUGAAGAAUUUGAUCAAGGUCUGGAUGUAGUGCUGGAUGACAAUCAGAAUGUGCAUGAUGUGGCUGCACUCCUCAAGGAGUUUUUCCGUGACAUGAAGGAUUCUCUGCUGCCAGAUGAUCUGUACAUGUCAUUCCUCCUGACAGCAACUUUAAAGCCCCAGGAUCAGCUUUCUGCCCUGCAGUUGCUGGUCUACCUGAUGCCACCCUGCCACAGUGAUACCCUGGAGCGUCUGCUGAAGGCCCUGCAUAAAAUCACUGAGAACUGCGAGGACUCAAUUGGCAUUGAUGGACAGUUGGUCCCAGGCAACCGUAUGACUUCCACUAACUUGGCCUUGGUGUUUGGAUCUGCUCUCCUGAAAAAAGGGAAGUUUGGCAAGAGAGAGUCCAGGAAAACAAAGCUGGGGAUUGAUCACUAUGUUGCUUCUGUCAAUGUGGUCCGUGCCAUGAUUGAUAACUGGGAUGUCCUCUUCCAGGUGCCUCCCCAUAUUCAGAGGCAGGUUGCUAAGCGCGUGUGGAAGUCCAGCCCGGAAGCACUUGAUUUUAUCAGACGCAGGAACUUGAGGAAGAUCCAGAGUGCACGCAUAAAGAUGGAAGAGGAUGCACUACUUUCUGAUCCAGUGGAAACCUCUGCUGAAGCCCGGGCUGCUGUCCUUGCUCAAAGCAAGCCUUUUGAUGAAGGUCAGUUCCCUGCUGGAGGUCAGGCCCUUGCUGAAGGUCAGUCCCUUGCUGAAGGUCAGGCCUUUUUUGAAGGCCAGGUCGUUGCUGAAGAUGAGCCCCUUGAGGAAGAUGAGUCCUCUGAGGAAGAUGAAGAGCUAGUUUUUGAGUAUCUUAAUCAAGGAGUAGUCUUUGGGGAAGCUCAAGGUCUAGAAAUCCCAAAUAACUUUGAGAUUCAGGGCCCACAUCUUGAAGGAAUACCAGAGCUUGAUGAGGAAGAUGAUGAUGAUGAUAAUGAUACUUUAAAUUUUGAUGAUCUUCCUCCCCUUGGAGAUAUUCUAGAACCAGAUAAUGAAAUUCCAGAACUCAUUGAGAUCCCAGACUUUGAAGAAAUUCCAUAUUUUGAUAUGGUCCCAGACCUUGAAGGAGCCCCAGAUGUGCAAGAAAUCCUGAACCCUGGAGAAAACUCAAACCAUGACUUAGAAGAAGGAGCAGAUUUUGAAGACCACCAAAAUCUUAACCUUGCAGAAGCUCCCUAUCUUGAUGUAAUCCCAAACAAUGAAAUCCCAGACCACGCAGAUGCUUCAGAUAAUGAUGAAAUCCAAGAUUCUGAAGAAGAUCCCAGUCUUGAAGGUGUCCCAGCUGUUGAUGAAGUUCCAAAUGAUGAAGCCUCAAAUACUGAAGAAAUCCCAGACUAUGAAGCCCCAGAGGUAAAUGGGAUUUCAGACUCUGAGGAAGACCUUGAUUUUGAAGAAGUUUCAGCUCUUCAUGUGGUUCCAAGCCCUGAAGAAGCCCCUGGUGGACAUGAAAUCCCAAAUCAUGAAGAAUCUCCAGAGGUUAAUGGACUCUCAGACCCUGAAGAAGAUCCCAGUCUUGAAGAGGUCUCAGAUUUUGAUGGAAUCCCAAAUGAUGAGGAAGCCUCAGACUCUGAAGAAAUUCCAGACCAUGAAGAAGCUCCAGAGACCAAUGGAAUUGCAGGCCCUGAAGAGGUCCCAGCUCUCCACGUAGUCACAGGCCCUGAAAAUGUCUCUGAUUUUGAUGAAAUGCAAGACCAUGAAGAGUCCUCAGAUGUGAGUGGAGUCCCAAACACCGAAGAAGCCUCAGAUAUUGAAGAAAUUCCGGGACAUGAAGAAGCCUCUGAUGUUAGUGGAAACCAAGACUCUGAAGAAAGCCCUAGUCUUGAAGAAGAUUCAGUUCUCUAUGUGGCUCCAAAACCUAAGGAUGCCCAGAUUUACAACAAAGUUCAAGAUUAUCAGAAAGACCAAGCCAAUGCAUUUGAAGAAGAAGAAGUUACCACUAUGGCUCCAGAAACUGAUGAUGUCUCCAUUCUCAAUACAAUUCCAGACCCUCCACAAGACCUGGCUGUCAAUCUUGAAGAAGUCAUGGAUGUGGAAGAAGUCCCAGUGCCUAAAGAUUUCAACUCUAAAGAGGUUCAGAAUCCAAAGGCAAUUCAGUUUCAUAAAGAUGAAGAUGUUGCAUUCCCUGUAGAUACCACUCUCCUUAAAAACAAGUCUCAGCCUGGCCAAGUCAUGGACUACAAGUCCUCACCAGAGGUGUUGAAGGGCAACACCUGCUUUCUGUCUUCCAUGCAGUGCUGUUCCUCUGAGGAGCCAGCUGUGCCUCCCGGCACUGCCCGUUCCCAUGACGAUGAGGAAGGAGCGGGUAACCCUCCCAUUCCGGAGCAAGACCGCCCAUUGCUCCGUGUGCCCCGGGAGAAGGAGGCCAAAACUGGUGUCAGCUACUUCUUUCCUUAGAUGUUUUUCCUUUUAUAAGGUGCCAGACAGGGGAAAAGGGUGGGGGUACAUCUGGGAUGUCACAGGAAACAUUAAGGAGAGAGUUGAAGGUAAAGAUCUGAAGGUAAGAAGGAGUUCCACCUGAUGCUCGGGUCAGGAUGAGAAUUCCAAACACACUGCCAGCCCCUUCACUGGGGAUGCUUGGUCUCUUCUGCUGGUAAAAGCAGAGAUGUUUCUGUGUCAUGCCCAAGCUCCCCGGUGCUACCUUGCCUUUCUCUUUUACCCCUGAUCUUGGCUUUCUCUCUCUCUCUCUCUGCAGACUUUACUUUAAUUGAUGUGACAUUUGUGGUAAACACCUUUCCCAGGGAACCUCACAAAUCUUGAGAUGCUUUCCCUUCCCCAAAUGGGAUUGCAUGAUUUCCCUGACUUUCCUACCCUCCUCCAGAGAGCUCAGUUGGAAAGGCCCUCAAGAGGCAUGCUAGAACGUUAGGUCAGCCUACUGACAGCUGACAAACAAUUAGUGCGAAAUCAUGUCACACCAACCCAUAGCCGUGUCCACGCAGCAACUCCACCACCUUAGGAUUUCCCCCUCCAAAUUAUUCAGACCAAUGGCUCGCCAAAUGGCCUCUCCCAAAAUUCUGUGCAGUUUUGCUCAGGUCACGCCAACAGGGAAACCUCAAGUGUAGAUCUAAUUAGUGUUUCUGGGAUCCAAAGUUAGAGGAAAAAUUAGAUUUUAUUGCCUGGAUCUGCUUUAAAGACAAUUGGUGUUUACACCCUCUUGUCAGCAAAACAGCUAGUUAGGUAAGGACAUAUAGUUCCAAGUAGGCAAAGUCACUUGAUUACAAAUGUUCUUAACUAUCGUCUCUGUAAUUCCUUUAUACAGGACAGUACAAAAUUGUGGGACAUGCUCUGGUAACACACAGAUAUGGGUUGCAUAUGAUCCAGAAUCACAGCUGAUAUUAUGGGUAACAACUGCUAAGGUCCAUAGAAUGAAGGCUGUAUUGUAUUGAGGGAUAGAAAUUGAUCAUUUAAUGGGUAACAACUGCUGAGCUCAAAGAUUUGUCAUUGUUAAAACUUCUCUGGCAUUUAAUCAUUAAUAAACAUCUGUAUUAUGACAGCA